UGCGUGCCCAGUGAUAUGGAUUCGUAAAGUCAUUUUCCAAGCAAGUGCGUAAUUCGGAAGAUAUUAUCUCGAAGAGGAGACAGGAAGUAGACGCGCAAUUGGUGGUUUUUUUUUAUUCGCAUAGAGGGGAAGAGAAUAAGGUACGUUUAAACGCUUGACGGCCGAGAGGCUGGUCCAAGUGGAUACAUCAUUUUGGCGGUGGUGCCCGGCGCGACAGUGCUGCUGGAGCCGUCUCGGCCCCGCGGAGGUAUGCUCAACAACCUCUCCGCCGGUGGCUCGAUUCACGGCCUCUCAGGCGUAAAAGAUCUCCAUGUCCAAGACUUGAAACGUCACGAUAAAUUGGACGGCGUCCUGGGAGUAAAUCUGGGCAGUGGCCUCUCCGGUGGCGGAGGUCUCACGCUUCCCCAGGAUCUAAUCAUGACCAUGCCUGGUACAGGUUUGUUUAAAAAAGGUGGUUGCCCGGUGUCGCAAAAUGACGACAAGCCAGCCAAGCAAAAGCGCCACCGAACGAGAUUUACGCCAGCUCAACUGAACGAGCUCGAGAGGUGUUUCAGUAAAACCCACUACCCGGACAUCUUUCUCAGGGAGGAAAUCGCAAUGAAGAUCGGCCUUACCGAGAGCAGAGUUCAAGUUUGGUUUCAAAAUCGUCGUGCAAAGUGGAAGAAGCGCAAGAAGACGACAAACGUGUUCAGAUCGCCAGGCGCAUUGCUGCCGUCGCACGGACUGCCGCCGUUCGGCGCGGUGAGCUCCGACCUCUGUGGCACCUCCAUGUUCCACGCGCCGACCGAUCGAUGGGGAAUGGCUCCAGGUCUCGGCCAACUAAGUCAAAGCGGUAUGGGCAUGGGCGGUUUUGGUCAGAGUUUAGGCCAACUUGCCCAGCAAAGUUCAGGUAGCCUGGGCACGAGUCUUGGCCUCAGCAAUAGUGGGCAGCUGAUCAGUAGUCCAUCACAGACGGUCUAUCAAGCGAGCUACGGGCUCAAUUCUUUAGCAUCGGAAAGAGGCUGGGGGUUCUGCCAAGGGAACGGAUACAAUGGACCUAGCUUAGCAACAAAAGGCGGCGUGCACAUGUCAGCAUCGCGGGGGUCUCCGCCAAGCGGCACCGGUGGUGGCGGAGGAGGAGGCAACGGUGCUGGAGCUGGCACAUCGAGCGGCGCAACGAGCCAGAGCAGUGCCGGCGCCGGAGCGCUGGGCUCGAGCUUGAGCUGUGGCCAGAACUCGCCGUCUGGUGGUGGAGGCGGUGGCAACGGUACCGGAAGUGCGCCCGUCACGCCGAACAACAACGGCGCCAACUCGUGUGAGAGCACCGACACCACCGACUGGCGGGGGGCCCACAGCAUUGCUGCCCUCAGGCGUCGAGCAUCCGAUUCUCAACAGCAACAGCAGCAGCAGCAACAGCAGCAACAGUACAGUCCUCAGCCGCCUGCGGGUCCACCGCCCCAGUAUGCCCACGACAUCGAGUACAGCUCCGUUUAUUAAAAAGACGCUGCGUUGGAAAUUAAAAUUCUAUUUGUUCCCUUUGUUUUCAUUUAUCAAAGUACACUUUCUCAACAAGAUUCCAACGUAAUCCAUCCAUAUGACGAACUUUCAAUUACCAACUGUUUUUGAAAAACCUGGGUAGAUGUAAGCAUUUGCAGCCCAGAUGUUCGUUGGUGGAUGAUUGCCGAAUAAGCCUUCUUGAGAAGCAAAUAGUAGUUUAUAUUUGCACAAGAGGAGAAAUUAUCAUUUUUUAAAUUUUGUUAAACAUUAAGUAGUAUACCAUAUAUAUUCAGCAUAGUGAAAUGACAAUUAUCUCGUUCGUCAGUGCAACGAUUCGAGUUCUUUGUGUCUCGAUAAUCGAGGCGAAACGAAAUGUAUACGACGAGUUACCUUAUAGUAUCAACACGUGGCAUUGUAAAUAUUACAUAUAGAUAAAUAAACUACAAGUAUACCACGCAUCAACUGGUACAGAUGAAUCAAGUCGUGAUUACAAGAUGGCGGGGAGUCGUGCAAUGAAUUAUGAAAUAUAUGAAUUUCUCAGGAGCUUGCAAAAUGAGAGACUUGAACACUAAAUGAUUGAAAGUCUUGGAAAAUUUAGUCAGAUAUUUUUGGUCGAUUUUAAAGUUAUAAGAGACUUUUAUUUUUAGAACCGUACAACUCUUUAUUUUUUUGUUUUUAAUUAGAAAAAUUUUAGUAAAAUGCCAAACGAUCUCCACAAAAAUUGGUGAAAUACCAAAUUAAUCAACAAAAAUGAAUCUAUAACAUGUUGUAUAUUCUUUCACUACAAAUUAGAGUAGUGAAUUCACCAUGAAAUUCGUUUAUUUACAAUACUUAUUAGUAAGAAAAAGUUACUUUUCAAAAUAUGGAAUCGAUAGCUGGUACAAUUAAAGUUUUUGAUACUUUUUAAUAAUAACAAAAUUAGAACGUAUGUUAGGCUUUGAAUUUAUAUUUCAUAAAUUAAAGACAGUUUCUUUUAAGAAAACACUUCAUUCAGAUGAACUAAUUUUUAUGAAAGUGCUCUUUGUAUGGUAGGUCAUUUGUUCUACAAAAUUACCUAUGAUAAUAGUCACGAGUAUAGAAGCAGUGUAAUAUUGUAAAAUUGAAUAUUUGUGUAGUCAUUAUUUUAUACAUUUAGAUUAUUCCUACAUUACCAAUUAUAAAAAUGGAGCUACCAUGAUGCUUCAGCUACGAAGAAUUUUCGAAUUAGAUUUUUAAUUGAAAAUUAUAAAAUAUCAGUUUUUUUUGCAUAAAAAAUGAUUUCGAAAUAUGUCUAGGUUAUCAAACUAUGCAAAUAAUUGCUUUGCUUUAGUUUUAUGGUAAAUGAUUUUUUUAAAUAAGUAUUUUUAAUGUGCAACACAUGGUUUUGAUAUUGAUUGUAAGAUUCGACUUGAUUUCGAAAAGCUGGAAAACCAGUUGAAUACUACGUGAUUACGAGUGUAAAACAUUAAUGUAGAAUCAUAGAAAUAACAGUUUAUUUAAUUUAAUUUAAUUCAAAAAUAGUUCAAAAAGUACACGAUUUCCAUAUUAGAUUCCAUUUUACAUAAUGAUCAAUUACAGCAAAAAUGGAUUACCACAUUGGUAAUAGCGUAUUCAGCAUUGAUUGUUAUCAACUCGGUUUUACAUACUACGUGCGUAUGUAUAAAAUUUUUCUUUAGAAUUUUAAAUAAACAGGAAAAUAACAAUUUUUUACCGAAUUUCUCACACUGUUUAUUGUGUAUA